AUGCACUUUUUACCCUAUAAAGAUGGGAACCCGGCCGCAGAUUUAUACUUCUGGAUGGAUCGUAAGGAGAGCCCGACCCAGGAUGGUGUGAAAAUCCCGUCAUUUGAAUAUGGAAUCACUUCUCUCGGGAAGUACGACAACGCGGAUCAAGUAGUACUGACGUUGCCUGGACGGCAUAAAAUCACCAAUUUCAAGAGCUUCUCUUUGUUUUGCUACAAAUAUGAGCACAACUUCGGCUCGAUUGCCAUUCCUGAGAACCUCAUUGUUCCGCGACCACAGUUUUUAUCUAGUGAGCUGAAGGGCAGCCGAUACUCUGUUGGCUCGGGACCUAUUCUCAUCAUGGACAAGCGCACGAUCAAAAUCUUUGGCUUUACAUUCGACGCCGACAAAGCCCCUGAUGGAUACUUCUUUGUCGGUCGUGGACCAAAUGUUGCACAUGACGCUGGAGUGAAAGUUCCAAUUCGCGGCCGCGACACACCAGAACUGAUCACAGCAAUGAACGAGCGAUAUCGUGGCGGUCAGGAUCUUAUCAUAGAUUUACCGGCUGAUUAUGAUAUUCAACACGUGGACUGGCUAGCCAUCUACUGUUACAAAUUCCGUGUCGAUUUCGGUCAUGUAGCCAUUUCAAACGUUUCAUCACGAAUUCCACCCUACGUGCCACCGCAAAAACGAUUCGAUGACGUCGCAACAACUGUUGAUGGAUGGCCGGUGACGUCAUUGUUGGGAAAUGACCAUCGACGAAAUUUCACAUUUCAACUCGGUGUCCCUGGUGGAAAGAAGGGAUAUCAGUCAAUGACUCGAGCAAGACCGUCUAAGUACGUGUGGUAUGUGAACGGCAUGCUAGCUGAUCUCUAUUUGAAACGCGGUGUCACCUAUACAUUUAUAGUCGAAGGCGGUUCCGACAAGUCUACUUCUGAUUUCUUCAAUCCAUUAUAUAUUUCUGAUGACCAGUUCGGCGGUUAUGGGAAGCUGAGCAAUGAGGAAAAGGAGCAAGUCACCGUCUUCUCCGGAUCCGAUCCAUCGCGUGUGUCUGGACGACUGUGCCUUUGGUCGAAUGACGAAAACGUGGACGAAUCGCAGUUUUCCACUUUCGCUGAGUUCCGGAAAACUCUUCACCUAAAAUGCGAGACCGACAAGGUCGCCGCGCUGUUCCGUUUCACUCCCGAUGAGAAGACACCUGACACUCUUUACUAUCAGAGUUACUCAAACUACAAUAUGGGCUGGAAGAUUCAUGUGGUAAAUGAAUUCCCUGCAACUAUUGCUGAUAUCAAGGAAGAACCGUACGUCUACGAGCAGUGGCUGCAAACGCAGUCCGUUCAAGCACCACAUACAGCGUCUACAUCCGUAGUCGGACUCACUGCCGGUGCUCUCGUGUUGGUCGUCGCUUCGUGGCUAUUCUGA